GCAACGCGAUACGGUGCGAUGCCACGGUAUACGGGACGAACGGUGAGGGCCCUGUGUGGGAAUUCUUCUGAAACGUUAAACUAAACAGUGUUUAAGUAAUGCACUCGUCGGGACGUGAACGCUUUUGCCCGUUGCUGCUGCGCAGUUUCAUCAAUGAACUCUUUCUUUUACGCAAUGCGUUCUCCGCGCGGACCAAACGCACUCAGUGCGCAGAUAAUAACGUAUAAGAAAACGCAAUUAUUGUACCAGUAUACUGAAAAUUAGUAAAUGUGAAAGUAUUUAUGUAGUAAAUGAGAGGUGCGCAGCGGAGGGACUCAAAUUUCGGGGCAGUAAUAUCGGUGCGUCCCGUGGGACAACGGCGUGAAUUCCCACACAUCAACAGGUCUCAGGAGGACCAAGGACCUCCCCUCUCUGAAGGCAUCCGGGAACCCCACUCCGGAACGUGGUUCGCCCCACUCUGGGACGCAGAGAGUGCAUCGGCAUGCGGUAUUCGAAAUCGAAAACGUCAAACAGUUACCCUGAGCACCCCAAAGUGUGAUGUCGCCGGUUUCGGGGACCAUCCCUCAUUUCUAAAACGGCUACCUCGCGUCGGACCUUCAUAGUUCAUUAGCGGGACACGUACGUGAUGAGUCACCGAGGAAUCAUGUGGAUCGUUUCAUUCAUGGAGGAACUACUGCAAUUUAGUUGAGUUACCGUGCACGUGAUCUUGGAAUUAUCAACAAGUGAGAUCGAGGGACGUUGUCUUUGUGCGUUUUAUAAUAGUGAUAUUCGUUCCGGCGCGCAUAAAUGGUGGACUAUUAUAAUUACAAGAUGUCAGGCAGCGAGGACGAACCUGAGUCUCAUACGCAGCCGGGGAUGACCAAGGCGGAAUUGCGCAGGAGCAAUAAGCCGAUCAUGGAGAAGCGUAGGCGUGCUCGGAUAAAUCAGUGCCUGGAUGACUUGAAAACUCUAAUACUCGAUGCGAUGAACAAAGACCCGACCCGGCACUCGAAACUUGAAAAGGCCGAUAUCCUCGAGAUGACGGUGAAGCAUUUACAGGCGUCACAGCGUCAGCACUUGAGCGCAGCGGUCGCUACAGAUCCGGCGGUGCUAACGAAAUUCCGUUCCGGAUUUUCUGAAUGUGCUAGCGAAGUAUCGCGGUACGUUAGCCACCUCGAGAACGUCGAUCCUGUCGUCAAGCAACGACUGCUAUCACAUCUGAACAAUUGCGUUAGCAAUCUCCAGCAAAUGGCGCCGUUCUACAGCCACUACGUGCCCUACAUGCCGGAACGCCUCUAUCCGGAGGUGAAGGUCGGUUUCCAGAGCGAUUUUCAGAAUGGCGACGAGAAUAAUAAUGGUAGUGCCAGGAUACAGAUACCGAACGGCGUUCAAUUGAUACCUAGCAGACUGCCUACUGGAGAACUGGCUCUUUUGGUGCCACAGUCGGCCAAUAUCUCGGCAAACUUUCCCUUCUUUCCACCAGCCACGGAAUCGAGCUCUAAAAUUGGACACUCAUCGGCAUUCAAUUCCGUUCACAGGCCGCAGAGUCCUCUGCUAAGUCCGUCAACUUCUACGUCCAGUUACGGAGAAGAAAGUCACCAUACUGAACACUAUCCUCAACCUCAAUCGCCUAAUCAUCAACAACACGGGUUCAAGAUAACUGAACAUGGUCCAGUCUCAUUCAAGGUUUUCACUUCGUCGCCAGAGACGCAAAAACCGCAAAUCAGCUCAAGCAGCGAUAGGAAGUCUCCAGUAGCUAUUUUUAUAGAACCUAAGUCAGAUUCAAUUAACCAUUCAAGGAAGGAACUUGCUGACUCUUCAGAGUCGUUAAAUAAAAACGGAAUUGCCGCGCAAAAUUUAAGGCAACCCCUUUCAGUGAUUACUGAUAAAACUUACAACCGUGCCAGUUCAUUUGUGCAGAGGAGAGAAUUCAUGAAGAGGCAUAAUUCCGAUGGUCUCCUAGCGAUUUCUGAUAAAAGACCGAGGUAUCAGGAACCUAUUAGCUCGACUAUGAAUUCUUCUAACGGUACCGUGAAAUCCGGGGAAGAACGGCCAGUUCCCGUCGAGGAUUUGUCGGGCAAAGCGGCGUGCUCGACUAAUAGAAAUUCUAAUUCCAAUCCCAUCAAAUUCGUAUCGGUCGCUGGUCCUUCUGGUGCCAAUGGCGACAUGUGGAGGCCUUGGUGAUUUACAUAUAGUAUUCGUCUUUUUAUUUCUUUAAUAUUAAUAAGGUCUGUGAGUAGUAUGGAUAAGAUUGAUUAGUACAAAUAAGCGUUACGAAUUUAAUUCAUUGAUAAAUGACUAACAUAGUCGUAAGAUUAAGGACAAGUUCGAGGAUAGGAAUACGCAACUCUGUUCCCUCGCAUAUGAAGACUUUCUAGCUUUAACCUACCAUUGUUCGAUAAAUCCGCGUCGUGAAUAUUUUUGUAAAUAUUCGUCUGUCUUAUUUAAUUUUUAUCCUAUUGUAAGACUUUUUGCGAUUGAUGUUUUAUUGGACGCAAUUAAUUAUCGUUACGAGUUAAGUUAAUUACUGCCAGUUUGUGAUAACUUUUAUACGUCUAGAGACGAAUAAUGUAAGGACUUACUUGUGAUUUUCUUUCAACGGACUGUAUCUCGUGUGGACGAGAAAAGAUUAAUAAAAAUAACCACAAGCAGAGGAA